GACCUCCAACACUGUCUCUGCUUUUGCCCUGCGAUCCAGGAACCAUCACCAACAGGAGCAGGAGCAGCAGCAGCGACCACUUUCACACUUCCUUUGCACCCCGAAUCGAUCGACCCUUUCUUGCACGAAAAGGUCUUUCUGCACCUCCAGGUUCGAACCCAAAAACGAAAACAUUGCAGAAGAACCGCCCCACAACUCUGCAACGUAUACUAGUGACAGCAAAAGUGACAACAGCAACACCUCAGACAAAAUGUCCAAUACCGCUGUUCUCCAGAGACUUUCGCCUUCCGAGGUCACCCUCGAAAUCAAAGACCCUGUUAAUCCACGCGCGCUUGAGCAAGCAAAGGCCAUCCUCUCCGAGCUGGUGCCCGAGGGUUCCACCGACAACGGAAGGGUCGAUCCCUCGAAACUCCUUGAGGUCGCCAAGCGCCUUGGUGAUGUUGAGGACGGUACCACUGUCGGAGACCUGAUUGUUAGCAAAGAGGCCUGCGAGGCUGCGUACCUAGCGCUAGGAGAAACCGAGCGGGUCGCCCUCACGAAUAUGCAUCGACGGAUUAAGGCCUUUGCCGACCUCCAGCGGGCCUCGAUCCGAGACACAGAGAUGGACAUUCCCGGGGGAAAGGCUGGGCACACCGUCAGCCCCUGCCGAGGUACGUAACGUAAUUCGAUGGGCAACGCAAUGCAACGCUGGAGCACGAAAAAAGAAGGCUAACUGCUUCGGAAGGGUGAUGAAUCUAACCUCUCCACCAACAAAGAUCUGUUCGGUCGAGGAAGAUUGGUUCCGAAAGCGGAUUGCGGUUCCCUUUGGAUUUUCGUUCAUUCGAAUACGCCAAGCUAUACUGCUAUUUCUUCGUCGAAGAGAAAAGUAGCAUGUAAAACAAUAGUGCAGAACUCGUGUCUUCGCCUCGACUCCAACGAAGUCCCUAUCCUUGUGAAAUGUUACUUGGUCUUUCCUUCCCAUCUCACUCUUUUUUCACUCGAUCCUUUCGCUCCGACAUGGAUUCUUGCUUCUGGAACAACCACAAAUCAAUAUCAAUACAAAUACCAACACAAAUCUACUGUUGCAGCCGCCGGCUGCUACGCCCCCGGCGGGCGAUACCCGUUGCCGUCCAGCGUCCUAAUGACGGCGGUCACGGCCCGUGCAGCGGGUUGUCCCACCGUCGUUCUGAGCAGCCCGAAGCCGGCCCCGAUCACACUCGCAGCCGCUCACGUAGCCGGAGCUGACGUCUUCCUAAGGGUAGGAGGGGCCCAGGCCAUUGCCGCUAUGGCCUUUGGGAUGGAGAUUCAGAUCGCCGGAAGCGAUGGAGACGACGCCGACGCCACCAGGACCGUAUCGGUUCCAUCCUGCGACGUCAUCUGCGGCCCUGGAAAUAUGUGGGUCACAGCCGCCAAGUCCAUCGUCAGUGGCAAGUGCGGGAUCGACAUGCUUGCCGGCCCGUCGGAAGUGCUGGUCAUCUGCGACGAAACAGCCGAAGCUUCCGUGGUAGCCUCAGAUCUGAUCGCACAGGCCGAGCACGACGUUGUAGCCCGUGCUAUCUUGCUGAGUACCUGCGGGGACCUCAUCAAUGCCAUAGACGCCGAGGUCGAAAAGCAGGUCAACGCGUUGCCGGAGCCCAACCGGAGCACGGCCAUGGCCGCCCUGAAGCAGAGUUUCGCCGUGCAUUGUGAGGACAUCGCCCAGUGCAUAUCUAUCUCCGAUGACAUUGCUCCCGAGCACCUCGAGGUCCAAACAAAAGACUCCAACGGGGACGCCUUCAAGUGCGCUAACUACGGGGGUCUCUUCAUUGGUGUCGGAGCAGCAGAGGUCCUGGGGGACUACGGAGCAGGACCCAACCACACCCUGCCCACGGGUGGAACCGGACGUUACACCGGUGGCCUAAGCGUUUUCAACUUUUUGCGGAUUCGGACGUGGAUGCGGGUGGACGACAAGGAGGCUUCCCAGGGCAUGGUCGAUGAUUCGAUCGUCAUGGCACGCCUUGAAGGCCUCGAGGGUCACGCUCGGGCCGCCGAGCAGCGGAAGUUGUAAUGUACUGUGGAUCCGAUGGGAUCAAAAUGCGGAUUGGAAGAUUGGGAUGGAUACUCUUCUCCAAUAGUUGCUGUAUCAAACAACGCGGUUCCGAUUUCUUUUCCUUCUUCCGAGGCAAACGACAAACAAAUAUACGCUUCGUCG